AGUGCGCAAGCGCAGGGAGCAAACGGUCGCGCGGAGGAUUUGAGUUUGGUUUGAAUGGCUGAAGGCAGGGUACAGCGGGGCGUAUUAAGGUGAUAGCGAUGUAGCGAUGGCAGAAAUGCUACACCUGUCGGUUACAUCGGGUUCGGACUCAUCGGCCCUGAGCGACCAGUCUGCGUCCAGUCGGGUCGGCAACAGAAGUCUGAGAGUCGCAGAGAAGGAGCGCAGGAAGAACGAGGCGGAGGACCCGUUUGUUGCGGCCCUGAAGUACUUCUCUGACGUUGAAGCAGGAACUCCUGUGGUAGGAAACGAUGACUUUGAGAACAACCUGGUGCUCGUGGAGAAGGUGGCCUACAGCAGAGGACUUCACCCAGAGGCCAUCUCUAUUAUGUUGGAGUUUGCGAUGAGCCUCCGUAUGGGGACCACUCCGUGUGUCCGGAUCCUGAAGUGCCUGAUUCCUGCCUCUGUGGUGCCACAGGAGGCUGUUGUCAGGGCGUGGGUUUGGCUGACUGUCGGUAAAAUACCCACCAGCACUCAGAUUCUAUUCAUAAAGUGGGUGUUGACCGUAUUUGACAUGAUUGAUGGAAAGGACCACCUUCGAGCUGUUUAUGGCUUCAUUUUUAGUUUUGUCACAGAUGAAAAUCUGAGUCCAUUCAUCUGCCAUGUGUUGUACCUUUUGACCAGAAAGGAAAGUGUCCGGGUCUUCAGAGUGAGAAAGCUGCUGGAGCUACAGUUGAAACUGGGAAGGCAGCCGUACCUCUUGCACCUUCUGUCACUUUACAAAGUCUUUUGUCCUGAAUUGGUGACGCUCUCUAUUCCAUCUCGAUUAAGGAGUGGGUUCAAGAACCACAAUAACCCCUGGAAAUCUGCAUUGAGUGCUGUUCAGAAGAGAAAUGGUUGCCAAGUUCCUUCCAGCACCAGUUUAUUAUUUACAAAUAAAGAUAAGACUGCAUCUCGGAAAAGGAAACAUCGCCACCUGGAAUUACCAGCAUUGCGUUCUGUAACAAUUCAAAUGGACCAGACUGCAUCUUCUUCCAUUAGUAGUAACAGCAGGAUGGUGGUUCCCCUGGUGCAGGUCCACUCCUUUGCUGAGCUGCUGGAAAACAUACACCGCAUAGAGCUGCCGGCUCAGAUGGGUUCACUGCUGGGCUCCAGUCUGGCACUGCAGUACCUGGACUGUGUGCAGGAUGAGUCUGCCCUCCUACGUCUGAACUUCUGGCUUGGUUUUGCUCUCCAUGAAGAAUUUUUGUUCUGCGGCGAUGGCGCCUCCCAGACUUCAGAAGAAGCUCUCCUGUUUUUGAACAAGUUGCUGUCCACGCAGCACUUCCUCCAGGAGGGUUUUUUCAGUUCAGAGGCGUUCCUCUACAAGUUUCUUAAUUUUUGGGACGGCUCCCUCUUCCGCCCACAGAUACUCGACCUGCUGAGUAACAUCCCUGUUGUUCCCAGCACCAAAAUCGGGCAGCUUCUGUUUGAGCCCCUCAUGCAGCUCUUCUUCACAUCAUCCCUGUUUUUCAAGUGUGGCCUGAUGGAGUGUUUAAACAGUAUGCUGUUGAAGUGGCUGACCUGGCACUCAGUUUAUGCUCUGGAGGAUGACUUGGACAUCAGCCUCAACAGCCACACCUCCAUAAACAUGACCUUGUCCGGGUUCAAGGACUCUGUGAUGAAGCUGAUUCACUUUGUGGGCCGACUGGCCUCAGUCGGCCUUCAGCUGGAGGGCUGUCACUCAGUCCUCCUCAGCUUCAUCCUGGACUUCUACGAGACGGUGUGUGACACCUUCCUGAAGUACGGGCUCCCCCUCGUAGUGGUCCCCCCACCUGGUGUUUUCUACCCGGCCCUGAUGGCCACCGACCCCGUGAGCGUGGACCGACUGGCCUACAUUAUGCACAGGUACAAGGUGAACUUGAUGUCAGCUAAGACUCAGGAAAAAGUAACUGAGGCCUUCUACAUCAGCCGCCAGACCAUCCGGGAGUUUAACCACUACAUGGUCGUCAUGGUCAACUGUCUGUGGAACUCCAAGAUGUUUCAUCCGGGCAUGGGUGUCCAGCUGGGAGAGGAGCUGCUUCUCAGGAGCAACGUUGCCCAGCACUGGAGGAGCUUCGACCUCAUUCACCACCCCGCGUUCCUGAGUUAUGCUGUCGACUUUCACCAGAGGUGUUGGCCAGCAAGAAGGGACAUGGACCUCAAUUCCAUAAAGCUCGCCAAGCCGUGGAGCUGGUACCUGGAGUACCUGUACAGUCAGGGCUAUGACGGCCUUAAACAGAUCGUCCCAGCCCACUAGCCACAGCGGCCGGCUUUGUUCAGACCUACAUCAGCAGCUGACGGGGAGGCGACAGGCUGUCCGCACAGCGGAGGCAUGAAUCACCCAUCCGCAUCUCAACCACCUUACUGACCUGUACAUAUUUAAUUUUUGUGUUUUUUAAAGCCAAUGACUUGGAUGUAAACUGAAAAUGUUUUUAUGUACAUAGAUCUAUCUGUGUUUAUA